CACAAAAUUUUCAGCUUGCUACAUUGUCAUUGAAUCUAUUUCAUCUUGUACUUGGUGUUAAAUUUUUCUGAGAAAAAGAACAUUUUACAUGAAGGAAACUUUGGUUUUAUUGUCCAUGCCAAAUCAUUUGUUUGAUUUUGUCCGCCAUAAUUUAUGCUAAAUUUCUAUAAAAAAUUCUUGCUGUUUACCUUAUGUAAUCUCUUAAAGAUGAAAAAUAUGUCAAACUUAGAAACUGGGAAGUUAGAUUUAUUAUAUUUCAAUGAUGAAAACGUUUCGCUAAUUAGAAGUAAGGAGAAUCUUACCGUAGAAGUGGAACAAAUUGGUUAAAUGAAGUGAUCUUCUUGUCCAACAAUGAAUCUUGAGGUUUUGUUGAGUCAUUACUUUCAAACAAGAUCAAAAUCUCAUCUAAAGCGAUAUGGUGAUGUCUUGCAAACGAUCGAAAUCGUGUUAAAUCCUUUGCUAAAAGAAUUAAAAAGACGCGACAAGCGUCUUAGAUUUGAACGAAUGUCUCCAAACGCGUUCUACCGUGUUCGUCAGAGGAAUGUAUUGGAAGUGUUUUUGGUUUUCAAGAAAUUUGAUUCGACUAAGCUUUCCUUUGUUGACGUUGACUCACAUCAAUGCGCUGCAUUUGUUAGUGCAAAACUGAAAAAGGUAGAAAGGUGUUGGAUGGAUUUGAUGGUUGGUGGUAAAAAACAAGGAUUUUUUCUAUCGUCUGAGAAACUACGCGAAUACUUGUGCGCAUGUCUUAAAGAUCUGAGCAAAAAGAGAAGCAAUGAUAGCGUUUCAAAUAUCUGGUUUGAUUUUACCAACAACAACGAAGAUGGUUUAGUUUUAAAUAUUUGUUUGAAUGAUGAGACGAUCUUUGUCCAUUUGAUACCAACGUUGUACUUUAAAGACAUUUGGCCAGACUGUGCUUCACUGUGGAAGACAGUUGUGUUCCGUUGGCCAGAGGAUGAAACAAGAAUGAAAAUUAUAAAUGCUGGAAUACAUUUAACUUGUGAACAUGUAAAAAGUUCUCUUGAACAUUCGUCGUUGCUAUGGCGUAUAUCGUUUCUAUCUGGAGAGAAAAUAUUGCUGAAUUCUACUAAUGUUGGUUGCCGCAAUCAGUGUUUGCAAAUUGCAAAGACCAUUUUAGAAGACUAUCUUUCGUAUCCUUGUGGUUUAACUCCUUACCAUCUAGAAAUCAUGAUACUUCAUCUUAACACAAUGAUUACAAAUCCAUCACUGUGGAACAAAGAGAAUCUGAGUGCGAGAUUCCUCGACUUUCUCUCAUUUUUCCAAAAAAGUGCAUCAAGUGGCAGUUGUCAACAUUUUUUCGUGCCCAGUCUCCAGCUCUUUGACGGCGUGCCACUUCAGUCCAUUGCUUCUCGUUUACGUGAAAUCCUCAAUAGUCCUGAGAAUUUCUUUUCUACAUUUUAUGGGAAAAUGUCAACGAAAGGAUUUUAAAAGAUAAUUUCUGAUUCAUCUUGUCUCCCAAACUUACGUCAGUUGGGAGUUUAGUAACUGAGGUAUUUUGGCUCGACCAAUCAAUGCUUUUUUGCCUAAAUAGUUAUGAAAUGCUCCAUUACUCACUGCUUUUAAAGAUCAUUUGCAUACUCUCGUUGAGAUGAAUAACGUUAUACAACAUGCACGACAAAACAACGUAUGCAAGAAACAUUUUAUCUCACAAUGCUGUUAUAAAAGAAGUAUAUCGAGUCGAAAGUUCUUCCAGAACAUUGUGGGUUUGCUAAGACCAUCUGUCGUUAAUGAUUAGUUAAAGAUAAAGUUUUUUUUUGUGAUAGAUUUUUCUAGUCUUCUUUAAAGUUUUGCUAAUUGAUUUUGUGCGUCGUAUUUUUGCGCAUCCUUGUCAUGUUACGUAUUUAUACAUUUGUGAAUCUUUAGAGUGGCUUGCUUUAUACGGGUUGUAUGUUUUCAUUUCCAGAAUAUAAAUAAUCAGGAAAGAAAGAAGGGUCACAUUUCGACACCUAA